AUAAGUAAAUACAAGAAUGAUUACUCCAUUAGUUAGAGCCUUAGAUUUUUUGGUUAGCAAAUCUAACCACGCUCAGUUUAAAAGAUAUACUUUGGAAUGGUUAGAAGAUACUGAAAUUAGUUUUCAAGUUGACUUACUUAGAGUGUUGCUUUGCAUCAGAGAUCCAACAACACAAUUACCUACUGAAAUAAAUAAAAGCAUAGAUGAAUUUCUUCAAUUUCAGUUAAAUUCAAAGUUAUUAACUGAUGCGAGAACCUUAGCUCCUAAAUUCAAUCUCAACAAUAAAAUUAUUUCAGUAUGGAAAGGGGACAUAACAACUCUUUCAAACGUUACUGCAAUAGUUAAUGCAGCAAACUCACAAAUGUUAGGAUGCUUUCAACCAAGUCAUAGAUGUAUUGAUAAUGUAAUUCACAGUGCUGCAGGUCCCGGGUUAAGAGAUGCUUGUUACAAAUUAAUGGAAGAGCAAGAUUUUCGUGAUGAGCCAGUCGGUACAGCUAAAAUAACACCGGGAUUCAAUUUGCUUGCCAAAUACGUUCUUCAUACUGUUGGGCCACAAAUUAGAAGAGGAGAAAUUCCUACAAAUGUUGAGAUCCUGCAGUUGAGACAAUGUUAUUUGUCAUGUUUAAACCAGUUAGAGAAGUUAGACGAUAAAGACAAAUCAAUUGUUUUUCCUUGCAUCUCAACAGGGUUAUUCUCUUUUCCGGCUGAUUUAGCUUGCGAAAUAGCUAUUGAUACAAUUACAGAAUACUUCAGUCAUAAUAGUCAAAGCUCAAUUUCUGAAGUUAUAUUUAAUGUCUUUACCGAAGACGAUUGGGAUUUGUACGAUAAUAAGAUUAAAAGCUUAAAAUUACCUCAAGUAGUAACUCCGAUCAAAGCAUCACCUGAAACUUCAGGAAAUUUUCAAAUAGCUAAAUCAUGGUUAAAAAGCUCCAAGUAUCUUAUAAUUAGUGCCGGCGCAGGGCUCUCUGCUACUGUUGGAUUAGACUACACAUCUCAAGAACUUUUUGAUGAACAUUACACCAAUUUCAAAAAGUAUGAUCUCGACAGAUUGUAUGCAACUAUUGGCCAUAAUUGGCCAAACCAUUUGAUUGCUUGGAGUUAUUACUUCCAUCAUUAUGACUAUAUCUCUAAAUUUCCGAAAACCCAAACCUAUCAACAGUUACUAAAUCUUACAGAACAGUAUGAUGAUUAUUUUGUAGCAACUACAAAUGCAGACGGAUUCUUUUUUAAAAAUGAUUUUGAUCUUCAUAAGGUUUUCAAUCCUCAAGGUUCAUAUGAUUGGAUUCAGUGUCUGAAUAAAUGUACUCCAGAUUCAUAUACAAGAUUUGGACCUAUAGUUGAAAAGGUUAAACCAUUCAUUGAUCCUAAGACUAAUUUGUUACCAGAUGAAUCAUAUAUUCCUCACUGUGAUCGAUGUGGAGCAGAGAUGAUUUUAUGUUUAAGAGGUGGUAACUACUUCAAUGAUAAACCAUUUACGGCUGGUAAACUAGGCUAUAAAAGUUUCUUAAAUAAAAUUAUUAAAGAAAAUGCUCAAGCUACAAUCAUAGAAUUAGGGGUUGGAUUAAAUACUCCUUCCGUUUUGAGAUGGCCCAACGAAGAACUCGUAACAAACCAUCCCAUCAACUUCAAGUUAAUCCGUGUAGGUUAUGGACCCUCUGGUUCUAUCCCAUUAGAACUCUUCAAUGAAGACAAAGCUACAGUAAUUCAAGGUGAAAUAAGUAGUGUUGUAGAUAAGUUAUGUAAUUAAGUAUGUCAUAUAUAGAUUUUUUCGAGUGCAUCACAAUUUUUUUUUUUUUUCAAUUGUAGAUGAAAAAUAUA